AUGUCUUCUGAGACCAAGCUCCUCUCCCCCAUCAGACGAUUCAUCACCACCCAUGAUGACAAAGGAAACGCUAUCUGGGACGAUACCAUCCCAAUCCAAGUCCAAGACAAUCGCAGUGGCGGCUUCACCACCCACGUCUCAUGGGUGAACGAAGACAGCUCCAACACCCUGACUGACAACAACGACCUCAAGUCCUACAGAGAGAACCCGACCGAGAAGGACAUUGCUCCAGCCUCAGGCUCUUCGCUCAGGGUAGUAGACUUCUGGCCUGGCUUCCCGGCCAUCAUGCAUCGAACUGCCAGCGUCGAUUAUGGCAUCGUGAUGGAGGGCGAGAUCGACUGCGUUCUUGAUAAUGGAGCUACGAGGACGUUCCACAGGGGCGAUAUUAUCAUCCAGAGAGGAACGAACCACGCCUGGAAGAAUACAGGAACCGAAGUCGCUCGAAUUUGCUUCACCCUCCUGCCCUCACAUCCUGUCAAGAUCCAAGGCAAAGAGCUCGAGGUGCAUGGCUUUGCUGAUUUCGGACGGCUUGCAGAGGAAUUCACUGUCUGA